AUGUCCAUAAUGAGCUCACAAGAUAUUUUUAACGAUUAUGAUUAUGUUCCUGAUAAUUGUGAUAUAGAAGACUUAAAAAGUGUAGUCUUAGCCGAAAGCCUUACAUCAGGAAGUGUUGUAGAAAGUAUAAUUGGUGAUGGCGAAGUAUUGAACAAUGAUAUAGAAAUACCAUUUCUUUUUAACAACACCAGCUUUGAAAGAGCAAGAGAACUUUUAGAAGAAGACGAAAAUGAUGAUAUAUUUUUAUUAAAAAAUCUAGGUGAUAACGAUAAUAUAGAUAUCGAUGAUAAAGCAAUGUCGUCAAUAUUUGAUUCAGAGUUAUCAUUUUAUGGAAAUGAACAUUUUAUUGAGAAUGCAACAACUAGUCAAACAUUGUCAGUUUCAGUGCAAUCACGAAAAGAAGUGUUGUGGAAGUUAGUUGAUGAGUUAUUUGCCGCCUUCUUAUUAACAAAUCCAAAAACUCAGGAAAUUUUUGCAAGUGCACAAGAGAUGACCCCAGUAGGGUUUUCAAAAUUAUUUUUAUGCUAUGACCGUGGAAUCUCCCGACUUAUUGCAAUCCAACGCCAAGAUGUUUAUAAGAUUGAUCCUCCAAAUCAACGAAGAUGUCGUAAGCAUAAUGUAGUAGUAUAUAGGUUGGCAGAUUUAUCAUCAGAUAACCAAAGUAGAAGACGAAACCAACAAACAAAUAAUUUAUUACAAAGGGAUUGUGCUGAGGAUAAUAACGUAAUGCAGCAACAAGCAGAAAAUGCUAAUGUAAAACGUCAAUGCAGAUAUACUACAAAUGAUGAAAAGAUAUUACUUGAAGAUUUACUUAUGCAUGAUUCUUUUCCAGAAGAUUUGGCUAUUGAAGUCUUAAGGAACCUUCAAGAUCUCAGUAAUGACUGGGAUAUGCAGCGAAUUAGGAUAUACUGGAAUAAUAAUCGUCUUAAUAAACGAAAAAAUCCUGUAAAUUCAACAUAG